AGUUGGUAUUCCUGUGAAUACUAGGGUGGUAUUGGUCAAUGAGCAAGGUGAUCGGUUGUGGAUUGUUAACCUUAAAAUUUCCUAGUUUUCAUCAAGCCUGUCUUGUUCUUCCUCAUGCUUCCGAUUCUGUACAAAUCUUUACAAUUUGGUGACUAAUUGCAUGAGUUGUGGGAUUGCAGCAACAUGAAGCGAGUACGUAUCAUGGGCGGCCACUCGGCACGUGUCAGCUCUCUGUCGUGGAUUUCCUAAAUUCUGAGCAGUGGGUCUGGUAGUGGUCAGAUCAUUCACGAUGAUGUUUGAUGGAGUGAUCACAGUGUGGCUGGGUUGUCUUUUCAUACACAAGAGGUUUGUGGACUAAAGUGGUGAAAAUGACAAUAUGUUGUACAUUUGGCCAGUUGUUGCAGGACGAGCUUACUCACAACCGCAACCUCUAUACUCUCUCAGUGCACAUCAAGCAGCUGUGAAGGCACUGGCAUGGUGCCCAUGGCAGCGUAGCAUAUUGGCAAGCGGUGCUGGAACAGGUGACAGAUGCAUUCGCUUUUGGAACUGCAAUACUGGUAGUUGUCUCAGCACCAUCGACACUAAGUCUCAGGUUUGUGGUCUUCAGUGGUCAACUACAUACAGAGAACUUAUCUCAGGUCAUGGUUCUCCAAAUAAUCAACUAAUUAUCUGGAAAUAUCCAUCAAUGACAAAGGUUGCUGAAUUAACUGGACACACAGCACAGGUAUUGCAACUGGCUAUGUCUCUAGAUGGAAGCACAGUGUUGUCUGCUGGUGCAGAUGAAACCUUAAGAUUGUGGAAAUAUUUUGCUCCUUAUCCUGCCAAGAAGAAGAAAGAGAUAAGAGACUCUAAGGCUGUUGUUGUAAAUAUAUAUUUAUAUAAUGUGUGUGACCACCUGAGAGAGUAUAAAGGUUGGGGUUGUGAGUAAGCUCGUCCUGCAACAACUGGCCAAAUGUACAGCAUAUUGUCAUUUCCCUCUCCCUUGAGACACUGCCUUUACGUGGCGGAGAGAUUGCGUGCCCUGCUUGAAGCGGAAAGCUAUGCCGGCAGUAGCUUAGCUACUGGUAGGUCCAACCUUGUCGGACAGGUCAAUGCUUAGGGACCAGACGAAAGGUGUCUCAACUGCUCCACCGGUUCUGGUUGGGCAUGCCAAUGGAUUCUGCUUAGUUAGCACAAACUAUUGGCCCCAUCCUCCAGGAGUUCUCUGUGCAUGGUUUCUCACCUCUUGUGUAUGAAAAGACAACCCAGCCACACUGUGAUCACUCCGUCAAACAUCAUUGUGAAUGAUCUGACCACUAGCAGAACCACUGCUCAGAAUGUAUGAAUUCCACGACAGAGAGCUGACACGUGGCGAGUGGCUGCCCAUGAUACGUACUCUUCAACAACGUUAUUUAAAAUACAUUUUACCAUCUGAUUGUUCCUUCUUUCAAUAACACCACCAUAUUUAUAUGAACAUAAGCUAUGUGAAUACCGAAGUCACACCUGACUUUCAAUAAGAAAAUAAAUAAGAUAUAAUUUGCAAGCUGCA